AUGAGAGAAACAAGUGAUUGCACUGCCAAUUUCGCUCUGUCGGAUAACAUUAUUGAGACAAAGAGUAUGCGACAUAACCACGACGUAAUAUAUCAAGGAAAUCUGGAGAAAUGCAGUAUCGAAAUCGCUGAAAUUCGUUUUGAAUCAUCUGCGAAAAAAUCGAAAGAUGAGAUGUAUUCGAAAACAAAUGGAAAAGAAUUGAAUGCUGCUGUUCACAUUUCUGAACCGAAAUAUAUUCCAGAGAAAGGAAAUCCUCCAAAGAAGAAACACGUUGAAAUUCGUCUCAAGAGAGAAGAUUCCCUUUUGUCCAAAUUUUCUCGACCUAUUGUCGAGGAUACUUCGGACUCUGAUUCUGGAGAAAAACAUAUUAUAUACAAGCUGCUGGAAGGCAAGAAAAAGAGGUUGAUCAUGGAUAGAUAUGAAUUCAGAUGUGAACAUACCAGAAAGUAUGAGGAAGAUUCCAACAGAAGGCUCUGGUGUUGUUUGAAUAGAAAAACGAAGUGUUCGGCGAGACUUUUCACAUUCGAUAAUGAAAGGAUCGUGGAACUGAGGAAUGUUGGGCAUAACCAUCUGCCUAAAUAUCUCAAAGAUAUUUCCUCGUAUACAAAACAGAGGGUUUGUGUGCGAUAUUUCGAUUCUACCAAAAAAAGUAAAGGAAAGCAGGAAGGUUCCAAGAAAAAUGAUCCUAUAAGAAACACCAGAUGCUCUGAAAUGAAAACAGUCGAGAAACAAGCAGAUGUUGCAGCCGAAGCAAAGACUGGUUCUGUACUGAGGAAACCGCUACAAGGAAAGAGAGACACAAUGAAACCAAGUGAAUGCCAACCUAAGACCGAUAACCAAACUCAAACCAGAAUAAAAACCGCUACUUCAAAGAUAGAUACGUUGAAACCAAGUGAAGGCCAAUCUAAGACCGAUAACCAAAUUCAAACCAGAAUGAAAACCGCUACUUCAAAGAUAGAUACGUUGAAACCAAGUAUCAUUCAUUAUAUUCCUGGACUGAAACAUCGAAUUUUGGUGUUCAAGAAUUUUGAGUACAAAAAAGAAAGAAAUACCCCAAAGAGAACGAUGUGGUGCUGUACGAAAAAAGAGAAGCUCAAAUGCAAAGCGAGAGUGGUCACACAUGGUUUCAAACUUAUUUUAAAGAACCAAUCACACAAUCACCCGCCAACGUUCCAGGGAGACAUCACUAAAUGUCAAAUGGAAUUCGCUACGAUCAUCACUUCAAAAUUCUAUGUACGAAAGAAGUCGGUAGCCAAGAAUAAAUUAGUGAAAAAGGGAAAAUUGCCCAUUGAAGAUGCACCGUUCAAGUUCAUAGUCAUAGAAGCUAACAUGGAUUCACUUCAAGACGACCCGAUUGUUAUUGAAGAAGAUUCGUUUUAG